CUUGUCCUCUAACACCCAGCUUGCCACCUGAGGGGUUGGGUGUGCACUGGGCAGCUCUUGCAAGUGAUUCAAGAGGAAUGAUGUCACUGGGAGGAGAAUACAUACUUUGGUUACAUCCCACACUGAAACCAGGUGCACCUGCAGCCCCAAGCCAUGUCCUGCUACAGCCCGUGCCGGCCCUGCCAGCCCUGUGGCCCCACCCCGCUGGCCAACAGCUGCAAUGAGCCCUGUGUCAGGCAGUGCCAGGACUCCACCGUGGCCAUCCAGCCCUCGCCUGUGGUGGUGACCCUGCCUGGCCCCAUCCUCAGCUCCUUCCCCCAGAACACCGCCGUGGGAUCCUCCACCUCUGCUGCUGUUGGCAGCAUCCUCAGCUCUCAGGGAGUGCCCAUCAGCUCUGGGGGCUUUGGCCUCUCAGGCUUGGGCAGUGGCCUCUGUGGCACAAGGUGCUUUCCCUGCUAA